AUGAUAUUACCUAAUUCAACAUUAGCUAACGAGCAUGACCUAAUACAAGUUCGGUUUUGGGUCCAACGUGUUCUCGUUCCGAUGGUCACCAUUGUUGGUGUUUUUGGCAAUCUAGUCACUUUGGUCGUGAUGUUUCAGAAAAAAAUGAGAUCAAUUACAUCGACAACACACAUCUAUCUAGCUACUUUGGCCAUAUUUGAUACUUUUUAUUUAUCAUUUUCGUUCCUUUUGUCCAUACAACAUUAUCCACUAUUUUCAGGUGGAUUAUCAUCAUUUUCAAAUGAUCCUGUUAAAGUCAUAUAUCUGUUAAGUUAUCCUGGAUUGAUAUUCUGUUGUGAUUUUGCUUCAAAUACUUCCAUUUGGUUAACUGUUUUAUUUACUAUUGAACGUUAUAUCGCCAUACGAUUUCCUUUACGUUUACGUGUAUUUUGUACCCGAUCAUUAGCGUUAAAAAUGAUACCAUUGAUUGGUAUUAUUUGUUUUACACUUACAUUACCAACUUAUUUUGAAUGGAAAAUUUGUGCCCACAAUACGACCAUUCAUGAUAUUAAAAUUGUACAGCUUUGUGAUUCUGAUUUGGCUCGAGAUCGAACUUAUAAGAUGAUUUAUCUAGGCUUCAUCACUUUAGUUUUCACUUUCAUUCCACUAUCAGUGCUAGCCAUAAUGAACGGAUUUUUAAUUUGGUCGGUCAAACAACAAACACGUCGCCGAAACCAAUGGAUGUCUCAUGUGAAUAGUUUUAUGGCAACUUCGACAACAUCCGGAGCACGUACAUCACUUCAAUCUUCUAGCCAAGCAACCAUAAUGGUAACGAAACCGAUUCGUUCUGUUAGUCGGUCAACGAAAAACUCGAAUCCUCAACAAAUUCUACUCGAGACGGCCAUCAAAUUCAAUCGUUAUCGAAUGUUAAAAUAUCAAGAUGCCCAUAUAACCCGAUUGUUGAUUGCCGUUGUCAUAUUCUUUAUCAUAUGUCAACUUCCAACAGCAUUGGUCAUAGUCUACGAUACAUUUCAUCAGCCAUCCAAUCAAAAUAAAAAAAUAAAACAAAUUCUUGGCAACGUAUGCAAUUUAUUAAUGGCCAUCAAUUCGGCCGGUAAUUUUAUCAUCUACUGCCUUCUAUCACGACGUUAUCGUGAAACAUUGAUUGACAUGAUGCAUCGGAUUCUAGUCAAAAUAAUCAAAUUACGAUCCAACGCGAUAGAGCAACCUAGAUAAUAACAUGGACGACAACUAAGAUUGAUUUAUGAAAACACAUCGCUCGUGUAUACAAUCUUCUUGACAGACGAUAGAAUUUAGUUGACAAAAAGAUUUUAUAGUUUGCUCAAUCAAAAAAUGAGAUUGAUGGAUUUGGGUUAUUCAGGAGCGACAACAAAAUCUAUUCACCACUAUCAUCAUAUCUUGUACAGCGUUUUUAAAUUUUUUUUUUUUUAAGCAAAAUUUUUUUACAUACGCUGGCAUCAUUAUCGCCUAUAAAAAACAUGAUGAUCGCCAUUCGAAGUAUCGAAACCAAAUCAGCCGAUCAAUUUUUUUGUGAUUUUCGGAUAUAAACAAUUUUCGACAAAUGACGAAUCAAGUGAUUUGCUCGUUUUUUCUGUUGUGAUUAAAAAUAAGAGACGCACACAAAUUCUCAAGACUAACUAGAUUUUUUGUGAAAUUACAGAAUUUUUUUCAAAUUUAAAAAAAAAAUCGGAUGUGCCUAAUUUUUUCGUUGUUUAAACUAAAGCCCUGCAACUACGUUACAUACUAUCGGUAUACAAAAAAGAAUCAUUUCAUCAUCGUUUCGAUAAUUAUAUUGAGCAUCAUGGCUGUUGUAAUGAUGACGACCACAUCAAUCAUGUCAACCAUAGGAUUGAUGUUUCUCGUUUUUAAUACGAUUCCAGAAGCAACAACUUAUCC